AUGGGCAUCAAGGUAGCCAACACCAAAGUUUCAUCCAAGUCGUCAAAAGCGGUGUACUCUGCGCUGGGAUUGCUGGCAAUUCUGGUGUUUGUGGGCUACACGAGCUGCGACGCUGUGCGUCUGUAUGGGUCGUUAACACAUAGCAACGAAGAACCGGAAGUUGGGACCCCGGGGACAGCCGGUCUGGAUCCAGCGGUACCGCAGGCGGUGUUCGAACCGGCUGCGGUGGUCCAGGACGACACGAAGCAGGUGGAGCAGAUUUUUUCGGAAAUCAAGCUGGAGAUCGACGCCAGCAGCUCGACGACGGCGAGGAGAGCGUCGGCCACGCGGGUUGCGACCACUGAGGUAGUGCGGUCUGAGGUGGUACAUGGCCCCCACAACUACAAGCCGCAGCAUGUUGGGUUCGAUCCGGCGGUCAACUUCCAAGAAAUCCUCAACACCUCGCCGGUGGUGAUCUUCGUAGACUCCCAUCACGACUCGCAGCUGUUGCGUACGCUCCUGCAGCGGCACUACGAGAUAUCGCCCCCACCGGUGGUGGUGGAUCUCGAGAAGCAUUCCCGAGGCGCUCAACUGGAGUCUUUCAUCGAAAAGACCAAAGUGCAGCGCCCGGCGAACCAAAAAAAGGGCGCUCAAGUAUCGCACGCGGCUCCGUAUCUGUUCAUCAACGGCCACUCAGUCAUCAACACUGACUUUCAAACUGACAUUCAGGAUAUGCAUGCGCGCCACAAGCUUCUGGACAAGCUAAAGUCUGUGGCCGAGGGCAAUGUCAUGUUUGCCCGCAACAACGCUCCAUCCAAUUCAUGA